AUGGCCAUGGCUGAGCGGCCGCGGCCCGGGUGGGCCUCGUAUCACAACCCCAACACCAACAGCUGCCAGGACCUGGGCAACUCCAUCCUGCUGCUGCUGGGUCUCAUUAUCUGCAUUAACAUUGGCAUCAAUAUGGUGACCCUGCUCUGGAACCGACUCCGUGGCAUCUUGCACCAUAUGUUCCAUCAUAUCAUUUGUGAGAAAGAAGCGCCUAAGCCAACCUCACCCAGGAAGGAGUCCCAGCCCUCAAAGAAGGAGAACUCCCCUGCCAUCCAUCUUCGAUGCACCAUGGACCCUGUGAAAAUGACUGUGACCCCCCCACCUACUCGCCACCAUCGACAUCGAGGCUCUCUGUCACGCUAUGCCCGCCGCCCAGUAGCUCGGACCCCUGAUACUGAUGACGAGAAGCCCCAACAUCAAUACGCAGCAGUCUGCUCCCACCGCCAGAAUGGCCCUGAGGACUGGGAAGACUUCCGACCCACCCAGGGAACCUGGGAUCUCUGGACUCGGGACCCUCCAGAGAUGCCUCCCCAGACCAUCCGCUUCCAGCCCACUGUAGAGGGAAGGCCUCUCAAAACAGAGAUGCGGUCAGAGCUAAGCCUAGAGGCCUACGUGUAUCCUGUGAAUCCUCCACCUCCCAGCCCUGAGGCCCCAAGCUAUAAGAACAGUGAGGUGGGGGCGGCCACAGAGGCAGAGGCAGCUCAGUGCCAGCCCGCCCCCCAACCUGUCAUAGGCCCAGCAGCUGUCCCUGAUUUCACCAAGCGCCGCUCCUCAGGCAGAAUAGUGUAUGAUGCCCGGGAUGUGAGGCGGCGGCUUCGAGAACUGACCCGGGAGGUGGAGGUUCUGUCCCGCUGUUACCCCCUGACCUCUGGAUCCAGUAUUGCUAAUGGGACAAGCAAGAACUGGCUGUACCAUUCCCUGACCGAGAAGUGA